AUGAGUCUAAAGGACAAUAAUCCUGAUCACUUACCUGAACUAGAACAUAACCCGACAAGACCUGAAUCAUUAGCAGAAUCUGAAACGCCCAAAUCUUCUUUAUCACAAGAUACUAUUAAUGACGAUUCAGUUGAGAUUCUUGAAUUUGUAGAAACAAUACAUAAAGAGAAUAUUAGUAAUGAAAUAAGGGAAAGAAUCAGAAAAAAGAAACUUCAGAGUCAAGGAUCAAUGCAAAGCACAUCUUCCUCUUCCGAUAUACAAAAUAAUGAGUUAAAUCCUGUUAUCGACACCCAUGAGCAUAAAACCACCCAAUCAGAAUCAAUACCUACUGAUCAAGCACAAAAUACCGAAAUAAAAAUUCCAUAUAAUAAAAAAAUAGAACAAGAUUUAAGAGACGAUUUAUCUGUAUUCAAAGCAAAUAAUGAUAAUAGAAUUAAUAAUGUAUUUGAUGUACAAAUUCCUGAAUUCUCAUUAGAAGCUAUAAUAACUGGACCUACCAAAGUUAUAGCACAAAAUAUAGCCGAUUUAUUUAUUCUAGCAAUAAAAGUUAGGCAAAAAGAGAUUCUAUCAAUAACAUCUAGCGCAAGUGCAAUUUCGAGUUUAACUGACAACCAAAUUCAAGAUAUUAUAAACUGUUUUCCUAAAAAAUCUAUUAGUAUAGAUGUUAAAUAUCAAGAAAAGAUCGGCGUUACAAAUUGUAACGUGCACGUGACUGAACCAUCUAGCUCGAAAGACAUAUCAAAUAUUGAGGUAAGAAUAUCUACUGAAUCAUCUCAUACCUCCAAUUCGGAAGAUAUGAUAAAUGAGGAUGUCAAAUCUUUAUCAGAAACUGAGGAACCAGAAACUGUAAAUGUAUUCGAUAAGUAUAAUGAAAAUGAUGGUGAAUUCUCUGAUGAUAACGAUGAUGAAUUCUCUGAUGAUAACGAUGAUGGAGAUUAUUGCGGUUUUUCUGACAAAGAUGAACCAGGUUAUUACUAUGAUUUAA